CCAUCCGCUCAGGCCUGCGGCGGCUUGUCCGUCCGCGGAGACGCGCCUCUUCCGGAGAGAAAAAGGCCCCGCCGAAGGAGGAGCGCGGCUCCUCCUCCUCCUCCUCCUCGGGCCCAGCCCUCGUACGCAUCACCCUCCGCGGGGCUGGGCUGGGCAGGAGCCGCUCAGCCGCCGGGAUGGAGCGCUCGCCGCUGCGCUCUGUCCUCUGCCUGCUUCGGAACGACCUGCGCUUUCACGACCACCAGGUGCUCCAGUGGGCCCACAACCAUGCAGAUCAUGUUAUCCCUCUGUACUGCUUUGAUCCACGACACUACAGAGGAACCCAUUGCUACAAUUUCCCCAAGACGGGGCCCCAUCGCCUCAAGUUUCUGUUAGAAAGUGUGGAAGACCUGCGGGAGACGCUUAAGAACAAGGGCAGCAAUUUGGUGGUGCGGAAAGGGAGACCAGAGGAGGUGGUCCACGACCUUAUCGCCCAGCUCGGCUCGGUGGCUGCCGUGGCCUUUCAUGAAGAGGCUACGCAAGAAGAGCUGGAUGUGGAGAAGGCACUGCUGCAGGUGUGCUCUGAACAGGGUGUGGCGGUCCAGAAUUUCUGGGGAUCAACUCUCUACCACCGGGAUGACCUGCCCUUCAAACCCAUUGCCAGGUUGCCUGAUGUCUAUACUCAGUUUCGAAAAGCCGUGGAGUCCCAGGCUAUGGUCCGUCCCCCACUGAAGAUGGCCGAUCAGAUGAAGCCGUUGCCUCCAGGAGUGGAUGAAGGGCAAAUUCCUAGCCUGGAAGAUUUUGGAAUGACAGAUCCUUUGACGGACCCUCGCUCCGCCUUCCCUUGCAGUGGAGGAGAGACCCAGGCCCUAAGGAGGCUGCAGCAUUACUUCUGGGACACGAAUCUGGUUGCCUCUUACAAGGAGACACGGAAUGGAUUGAUUGGACUGGACUAUUCAACCAAGUUUGCCCCAUGGUUGGCUCUUGGCUGCAUCUCACCGCGAUAUAUUUAUGAACAGAUCCGGAAAUAUGAGAAAGAGAGGACAGCAAAUCAGAGUACUUAUUGGGUGCUAUUUGAACUGGCGUGGAGGGAUUACUUCCGAUUUGUGGCGCUGAAAUAUGGCAGGCGGCUUUUCUUUUUAAGAGGGCUCCAGGAUAAAGAUGUACCCUGGAAAAAGGACUCCAAACUCUUUGACGCCUGGAAAGAAGGAAGAACUGGAGUUCCCUUUGUUGAUGCCAAUAUGCGUGAGCUGGCCGCAACAGGCUUCAUGUCCAACAGAGGGCGCCAGAACGUUGCCAGUUUCCUGACCAAGGACCUGGGCUUGGAUUGGCGGAUGGGAGCUGAGUGGUUUGAAUACCUUCUGGUGGAUUAUGACGUCUGCAGCAAUUAUGGCAACUGGCUCUACAGUGCUGGCAUUGGCAACGACCCAAGAGAAAACCGGAAGUUUAACAUGAUCAAACAAGGCUUGGAUUACGAUGGGCACGGAGACUAUGUGAGACGGUGGGUCCCAGAGUUACAGUGCAUAAAAGGCGGGGACGUGCACACCCCCUGGGCCAUGAGCAGCGGUGCCCUUUCGGAAGCCGGCGUGAGCUUGGGGGACACCUAUCCCCUGCCGAUGGUCAUGCCCCGGGAAUGGAGCAGGCACAUCAACCAGAAGCCGACCCGAGGUCCCAUUCCAAAGGGAAAGAAAGGUCCUCCGUAUACUCCAAAGCAGCACAAAGACAGAGGAGUGGAUUUUUAUUUUUCUCGAAACAAAGACCUCUCAUGAGGAUGGUCAGGUGGCACUCUGGGAAAGUGAAUCAAGUGAAAUGGCAGGUAGCUGCAGUCGAUAAUCGCUGGUAGUCCUUCUGAGUCAUUCUCAUGGCUUCGGCAGUAUCUUGACAAACCAAACAGUCAUCUUCUGCUAGUAGUUGCCAGAUAAUUCUGAUUAUUUCAGCCAGGAAUUCCCAACUGUGGGUCUCCCUUUUUGGAUUACAACUCCUAUCAUCCCUUGCCAUAGUGGCUGAGGAUGAUGGCAGCUGUAGUUCAACAACAUCUGGAGAGCCAAGGUUGGGAUUCCCUGAUUUAGGCACCAGUUUUACCAAAACACAUGCCAUUGUUUGUUUUUUGAGAGAAAGAUGAAAACAAGUAUUAAUCUCCAUGCUAGCAAAACUCCAUUCUGUGGUGUUUUGUUAUCCAGAGCCAUAUUUUGCCUCGUCAGCAAAAAAACAAACAAGAAAGCAGAAUAAAGCGAUGUAUUGGGGACAGGUCCUUUGCUGAUUUGAUGACACUGGUUCAUCCCUUCUUAUGUCCAACAUGGCUGUUUGGAGCUCUCUGUGCGCCACCCUAGAGGAGGCUGCUUUUUGAUGACCUGGAGUGAACAGACAAGCUUGCUAAUUAAGUCUGUAAAGAGUAGUUGGAUAAAAGUUGCACUUAGCUUUUGCUUGCAGUGGAAUAGAUCAGCUUGCCUGACAAAGAUUGGAAGGUUUCUGGGGCAAACGUUAACCACGCAACUAUACUCUACCUGGUGAGUGGCCAGCCUGCAAGCAGAGCGGCUGCUCUGGUGGGAGAGAGAGGUGCCUGAGCUGCAGCCAGGAAGCAGAGGCAGCUGUGCCUCCUUUGGUGCCCCUCUGGCUCGUGAGGAUGAGCCUCUCCUGAACGUACCACUUCCUCACUUCCAUCUCUUAUAGCGUCUGCAAACUGCAGGGCAACAGAUCUCCCCAGGAAACCACUUUGUCAUCACUUCAUUAGACAUUACAAAUAUUUGUGCUAUAAGGCUUGGUGCAGAAUAGUUUCUAGUUUUCUAUUUUGGGACAGGUUGGAGUUCAGGAAAUAAUUUUGUGCUAUGUGGGCUUAGGGUUUUUUUAUGCUCAAAUGGUUGGGGGUGUAAAGAUUUCUUUGGUUAAGAGACACAUUAAGACAAAUAAAGCGACGUUUUGGUAUCAA